GUUUCCAUUCAUUCCUUUCGGAUUCAUUCGAUACUUCGCUGCCUAGAAAGACGGACGUACGUCGGUAGUGACCGCGUCAGAGUUAGUUAGUAGUGUGCUGCGGGGUAGUAAUAGGUUAAAACAACUCAUUCAGGAGGCUGUGUAAAGUGGUUUUAUUGGGUGUUCAGUGUUGAAGAACAGUGUUUUUCUUUGGUGUACAGAUUUCAAGAGUUAUUCUCCAGCAAUAACUCGAUCAAUAGACUUCAUCGUGCGAAGCGACUGCAAGUGACGAACCUGUGGAACUGUGUUGCGCCUCUUAGAGGAACCGCCGACGGCAUCGAAGAAAGAAAGAUUUCGGUAAGAGGAUUAACGCAUGAAGUUUAAUGUUAAAAACUAGAAAACUACAUACGUAAAGACUGCUCGAUCGAUCCACAAUAUUUGCUGAGGUUUGAAUUCUUCGUAAUACUUUUCGGCAAGUGCUCCCAGGAACGUGACCGUACUACCAUUGGCACCACGAGGACAGAAGAAUGACCAGCACCUCACCGAGUGCUACUGUAUCACCCCGUAGAGUAGUGUUGCUGUGAGAAAACAGUGGAAACGUUUACAAAGGGUGCUUGCUUACCCACCACGCAAACCCCCGCACAAAGUAGAUGUUAGAGCUAAAGUUAAAUCGAAAAGCGUCCAGAAUGGCACGACUCGUGGCAUUGGUGGCACUUACCGGAUGUCUAGUGUUGCUCGCUAGCCAUCCACCCUCUGCACAAGGCCGUGUGAUCGUACGGCGCCAGGCAGAAGAAACCAUGACAACCGUCCUGCCAAACGAUGCUCAAACGACAGCGGACGACAUGCAGGAGUUGACAACCGUGCCUCCGAACGAUGAUAACGCGGCAAACAGUAAGGUGGCGACAACUCCACCACGACCCAACGAUCGUUUCGAACAGUUCCCGGCAGAUGGUAUGAGCUCGGACAGUGCGACGCUCGAACAGCAGUCGGCCGAUGGGAGUGCGGCGGAUGAGCCAGCGUCCUCCCUGUCGGAAACGGCCGAACAGCUGUCCAACGACACGGACGAGGAGGCGAGCGUAUCCGGAACUACGUUAGCGCCCUCUGGCGAAGAAUCGAUGGGAAGUGAUGCCGAAACGCUGGAAGACGUUGGUAGUGCGAGUUCUGCAUCGCAAUCAUCCUCCAGUCAGCAGCAGCAGCUAUCGGAUGAGACGGACAGGAGCGAGGAUACAACGGAAGUGGCCGAAACCAUCGUGAACACGGCCGCACCUGCAAUCAAUGAAAUUACGACACCCGCUCCGACCGCUGCUCCCGCCCGUUCGCUUGUAGCAGAAGGAUCUGAAGGGGAGAGUGUGAGCAGCAGUGGUGCCAGCGAAUCGGCCGGAUCGUCCGAGCCACGUGCAUCGGAACCGUCGGUCGAGUCGGAUCAAAGUUCAGUGCCCGAACAGCAGCAAAGCUCGGAACAGUCCGGGCAGCAGCAGGGAACCUUCGAACAGGACUCGCUUGCUGAAGAGAUUAACUCCCAGCUUAGGGGCGAUGGGGAUGAUAAUGAUGAUGAGGUCGCCGUCACUACGACCGUGGUUCCGCCGCUUGCCCCAGAGGUCGAAACGAUCAGCCCGGCAAGCCCGGCGAAUCGCUCCGACGAUGGCAGUGCACCGGCCGCAAUGGUAUCCGACGGUGCUGGCGAACGGAUCGAGUUAAGUAGGUACACGGCACCAUCAAACAGCUCGACGGACGGUACGGCACUGCUCAAGGAAAACUCGGCCGUUGAAAUCGACUCGUCCAAUGACGACGAGGAGGAUCGUCUCACCACGGAAGCUGCUUUACCGGUGACCACCCUGUCAGCGCUAGAUGUUGCAACGGACGACGCAUCCCGCGCAAGCGAAAGCGUAGAAAGAAACAGCUCACUGUCGGUAGAAAGGACGCAGAUCGAAACGAACGCGUACGAGGAGAGUUCGAAUGAGGUGGAACGCAACCAGACGCUACCGGCUCGUGCCAAGAAGGGCAAAUUCUUGGACCAGUUCAACGAGGAAACUACGGAGGACAAUGACAUUAAUCUGCCGAACGGGGCCGCAUGGGCGCUUGCCGGGAUGCGUAUGGUGGAGCGAAAGCAAUCGGACGUUGGGCAGGCAGUGAGCGAGAGCACUGAAACGGUACGGGAUGACAGCGAGAACGUGGUAGGAAACAAUACCCUGAAGCAGCUGAUGGAUUGGGCCAUCAUAAUGAAGGAGGCAGACUUUGCCAAUAGUUCGUUCGUACGCUCUACCGUAUCGUCUGACGAGCCUGCCGGUGCAAAGGAUAGACGCACGUACGCGAACAAGGUUCCGGCCGUUGAGAAUGGAGCGGACGUGCUGAGCGAGGAGAAUCGGUUGACCGCAAUCGUUACAGAAGCCGCACCAACCAAACCGGCUGCAGAGGGUGAGAGUGUGGCGGCCGAGACAGAGGAUGGCAAUGUAGUCGACACGACGUUUGUCCCCUCAACGGAGAGUCCCGAUCGCAGUGGACAAGAGUUGGAAGAUUUCAAAUUUGAAGAUCGCUCCACCAGCAGCACCACGAUGGCGAAUGAGGUGGCGGGUAUUAGCGAGAGUGUAAACGCUAUGCCAACCACCACGAGACGCACCUAUGAGGUUAGCGAGAAUGUGGACGAAAGUGAGGUGUCUCCGGGAGUGCGCAAUACCCCGGAGAUUCGAACCACCACAACGACGACGACGAGCGCGGCUCAACGAUCGGACGUCAGCACGGCGUUCGGCAUGUUUGAGGACGUUCCGGUAACGACCUACUCGCCGGCGGCACCGAUCCUAAGACGCACUGAGCAAACGACACCUCCAAUUCCGCUAACCACCAUGAUCACGCGUAUCGCAAGCACGAUGCCGGUAAGACGUCCCACCACCAUGCAGCCAGACUUUGCCGCCAUUACUACCACCGAUUUACCGGUGCGAGAGUACGCCAGCACGGACAUGGGUAGCGGUGCCACAUUCACUACCACGGUAGCGAGUAGCGAAUCACCGAUUGUGCAUGAUACUGCCGACUCGAAACCACUGGACCAGCAGGACUCCACGGAAUCCUCGGAGGUGAACCAGAAUCUGCUGAACCGCACCGAGGAUAAGCUCAUGGUGGCAACAUCGACGGUUGCAAGUGUUACCACCGUUGUACCGAACCUAUCCAGCGCUACGCUAACGAACAACGUCGAGUUUGAUGACGCUUCCGCUGGCGAGAGCUUGAUUGGGCAGUCUAGCGUCACUACGGAACGGUCGGACCCACCGCAGAUGACUACCGACGAGUCGGCCGAUGAUGGCGGCAAGGUUCCGAUCGUGUUAGACGACAAGCAUGUGUACGAUACGAUUUCCACUACGGUCGCUGCUGCUACGACAACUACGUCAACCAGCAGCCCGUCAGCGAUCACAACAACCGAGAGCAGUUCAGGAUCGGGACAGUCGGUUGGUGUGUCGGCGGAAGCGUACACAACACGCCGUACCAUCGAUCGUUCCAUGACGACGACGGAACUGUCCGAGGAGGAAUCGGUCACAGAGGAAGACUACAUCGAGCUGAACAAUGUACCGGCCACUGGUGGCAGUGGUGGUGCGUCGCAGGGUGAUGGUCAGAACCAGACGGACCUGUCCGGACAACAGCAGGGAGUCGCACCCAAGCAAGGCAUUAACGGUACGACGGAACAAUCGCAGGGUGAGCCGGCAGCAGAGGAGGACAGCAGUGUGGUCGUGGCCGUUGUAGCCAGCAUUGUGAGCGUGAUCGUGGUGCUACUACUGAUUGCGGCCUUCAUGUACUAUCCGCCGUUGCAGAUCGUGUUCCGCAAGCGACAGAAUCAGGUCUCGUACGGACAACGCUGCCGGCCGGUCGGUCUCGACGCUUACAGCCUGGACAAUGUGUCCGUGUACAACAGCGUGCGGCGCAAGGGCAACACGGCCCGCAUGUCCAAACGAUCGUACGGCAACUCGGCGUUUGAGGAUCCCAACUUCAAAACCAACCCGCUGACGGUGGCCGAGUUGGCCAACAUCAUCCACAACAAGACGGCCAUUUACGACGAGUUCAAGGAGAUCCCGAACGUGACUGCCCGUGCCGAUGAGGUGCCGGAAGGAUGCGAGGAUAAGAAUCGGUACGCAAACGUAGUUCCACUGCCGGAAACACGUGUUCAUCUGAAGCGCAUGAAUGACGAUGAAAAGACGGAGUACAUCAAUGCCAACUUUGUGAAGGGUCCCAAAGAUUCUGCCAACUAUUACAUUGCCUGUCAAGCCCCGAUGGAGAACACGAUCAACGACUUCUGGCGCAUGGUGUGGGAGCAAAACUCGAAAGUGAUUAUCAUGGCGACGGAUCUGAGCGAAAACGGUGUGGAGAAGUGUGCCGAGUAUUUGCCACCAUCGGUUGUACUGGACAACAGCCGUACGUUUGGAGAUUUCGAGCUAACGUUGAAAAACCGUGAAAAUAAGGAGAAGUACACAAUCUCAACGGUGCACAUGCGCCACACGCCCAGCAACAAUCUGCGCGAGAUCAUGCACUUCUGGUAUCAGUGGCCCGACACGGGCGUCCCGAUCGACGAGUCUUCCAUCAUCGGCAUGCUGCUGGAGGCGCGCACCCACCUGAAGCUGUCUCCCUCGGAGCUGGCCGAGUUUGCCACGAUCGCGGAGGAGUCGGAGGAACAGCCAUCGGAACAGCCGGGUGCCGGCAAUGGAACUGAUAACUCUAGCAAUAAUAAUAACAACAAUAAUAACAAUAAUGCCACCAGCAAUGGGACGCCGGCCGGUGCGGGCAAGGAACCGACCAGUAUCGUCAGCAACGGCGGCACCAUGGACAAGCACAAGUCACUGCAGCGAACUCAGGGACCACUUACGGUGCACUGUUCGCCGGGAACGGGACGCACUGGAACGCUGGUGGCGUGUGACAUUGCGUUGCGUCUGCUAGAGGUGCCGCCGCGCACGGUGGAUCUGCCACAGAUUGUGUACUACGUACGACGCGGCCGGGCCAGUGCCGUCCGGACACGGGAACAGUAUGAACUGAUCUACCGGGUAUCGAACGUGUACGCGACCAAGUUAACAGGCCCGACCAUAGAAACAUAGGAAAGACUCAUUUAAAAUCAAGUAUUGUGAGUAUGUUCGACACACCUCGGAUGGAGCGGAUGAGCGGAUCUCCAUCGUUCGGUCCUCGAUCCUCCAACGACUCGAUCGACUCGAUUGCGACGGGGGAGCGAGACAGAGCAAAAGCACAGCCGUAAAAAAACACAUACACACACAUACAACCGUUCCGAUAGCGGCUACUGGCUACCGGGAAUAGAGGAGCAUCGUCCAUCGUCCUCCAGUGCAUCAAACACCAAGGAUUCUUCUUUCGACCUAUGUUCCUUUCAGGGCUCCCGUCUGUCUUUCCUGAAGCUUCCCCCUCACACAAAACAAAAAAAAACUCACCCAAGCACACACAUACACAGACAAAUGAAGUCGCGAGCGAGAUCGAUCGUGGCCAUACACCGUCCGUAGCCGGAUGGUGGUGCUGGCUCUCAGUAGCCAGCAUGACCAUCCUGCCGCGUGCUUCGGUGUCGGGAUUACUCAUAAUACUUGAUUUUAAUCUCUAGCAGGGACUAGAGAAGAUCGCCCAAUCGUUCGACCACUUUCCUAACGGCGAAAAGAGCGGAAAAGUAUUGCUUAGCGGCGGCCCAAAGCUGUGCCUCAUGAUAUUGUUAUGGACGUAUCGUUUUUUUUUUUUAGGAAAUGCACUUAAAAGCAUCAAACAAAAACAAAAGACAUCAAAACUUUUACAACGAUGCCUUUACAACACAGUUGCCUUACUUUUCGACCAAAGUAAACACGUGUCCGUAAUGGAACAGAUUCUUACGCAAAAUCUCAACCAAUAUGCAGCACUUAACACAUUACCACUGUUAAUUCUGGGAAAAAACCCAACUUAUUAUGGGAUUUGUUUGUAAAUGUAUUAUCCACGGUGUAUCCUUUAUCCUUUCUGUUUGUUUGUGUUGGGGCGCUCGAGCGCUCAGUGUGGAGUAGCAUAAAGGGGCAUGUUCUGUUAACUGAAUUAGUGUAGCUUCAAAAAUGACGAGAAGGAGGAUCGUUUAACGAUCAUCGCACGUGUCGCAGUUUUGUACUCUGAAACAGAACUGUGACGGGCGUUAAACAAGGUAGCGUGUAGCAGAUUUGUAUCGUGACCGUGGAAGGCAGGAACUCCUUUAUCGAUUAGCCGUUGAACAAUUUGAUCACAAUCCGGCACCGCGCUGUGAGGGAUGUGUGUAAAGAGGGAGAGAGCCAUGAGGUGCAGGUAGAUGGGGAGGAACGGAAGGAACUUUGUUUUGUUGCAAUAUAGGAUAUAAAGGAGCAGUUAAACUCAUAACUACAUGUAUCAUCUAUGACACUCUUAGCUAGGUAAGAAUUUAGGAUAAUGGAAAGUUUCCCACCCGUUUCUCUUGCUCCGUUUAUCUCGCUCUCACUCUCUCUCUCUCUCUCUCUUUCGUGUCCCACUCCACGCGGAAUUUCCACCUCGGCUUGUGACGAGUGGAAAAUAAGUAGGUUAGCGUAGGAUUUCAAAUGUAGGAUUUUCCUGACCCCCCACGUGGCGUCACUCAACCACUGGCCAGCGGAAUUCCCAAUGCCGUUCCACGCGAUAUAUGUUGGUCGAGAUGACGAUUCGAACUUACUAACUGACGAAAGAUUUGAUUAGAAAUGUGAUACUUUAGCUACGGGAUAUUUACACCGAAAGAGGGAAGAAACACACACACACAUACACACACACUUACUAUUAUUGUACACGGCGAUAGGUUUAUAGGCAAAUUUAUAGUUAUAUAUACGAGCAAAACGGGACAGAUGAAGAUUAAUGCGAGACAGUGCAGCUGGCGCACGGCAGAGAAGAGAGUUCCUUUUGCAGCUCCCAAGACGACGACAUUGAUCAUAUAUGGGUAAGCUAGGGCAAAAGAGUACCACUGAUUUCAAAAGCUAUAAAAAGAGCUAACGGUAAAUAACGGUAAAUUAAUUGUCCAUUUUUUUGUACAUCUUUUGGUUUUGUACAUUAGCUCGAUUCGUGUGUGUGUGUGUUGCAUAUUUAUACAACAAUCAUACCUGAUAUUUCGUUUCUACUGUAAUUCGGCUACAGUGGAUAGGGUUGUUUCACCUUUACAAAAAAAGCUCAAAUUUAAUCACCAGCACACACGGUUGCGUUAUUUCUUGGUUCAAUAUUUAUCCCAUUGCUGCAGAGUGUUCUAUAGUCGAAAGGGUAUCCUUCCUCUGGGUCACCAACAACGCACAUAUCAAACGUAAACUAUUUUCCAUUUUGAGGCUUAAAACUUAAUGAAAAGCAAUUGAAGAGAUUUCUGUGCUCGCUCUUGUACAUCUUGUAGCUUGGGUGGAUUGUAAGGGAAAUGAAUUGUGCAGCAUAAGCGCAGAUUAUACCGAUAGUUUGUCUGCUCCAAUGUAAUGCAACGGUGCACACCGAAUUGACCACUAUUAAGAAGCGAGGGUUCGAUAUUACGAUAUUACAUUAAUAAUAAUAAUAUUCGCAAAUGUUUUGGGUGCUAUUACUUUGGAUAAAUGUGAGAAGCAGUUCUCAUCGUCGGAGAGGCAAACAACGUCCUGUACCACGGUGAAUGAUUCGCAUUUUACACGUGGACGCGGACGGCUACCUUUCUAGAGUCUAUUACAAUGUUACAAUUCCUAAGGGGUAGCGACUAGCUACCGGUCAAAGGCAACGCAAUAUUAGAAGCAAAAUAUUACUCGGAAAGAAAAUGUGAAACGA